AGGCAGCAUCAAUCUCCUGGCUCCUGGGUGUGUGCAGGCAGUUCAAUCUAUAGACCGAGGGAGAGGAACCAGGAACAUCUCAUCGUGAGUCCAGCUGUGCUGUCAUCUGUCACUUUGUUUGAAAACCCCUUCUUCACCGGACGAGCCGAACAUGGGAAACUGUCCGAGCUAGUUUCUGAAGAGGACAGAUUCACGGGGGAGCUGUGCUAAAAUUGCCAGGUUGAGUCUUCAGCCACUCCAUUUACCUCCCAGAGAAGGAACAGGAGUACAGUGGAGAUGCAGACUUUCCUGAAAGGCCGGAGAGUUGGCUACUGGCUCAGCGAGAAGAAGAUGAAGAAGCUGAAUUUUCAAGCAUUUGCUGAUUUGUGCAGGAAAAGAGGAAUAGAAGUUGUUCAGUUGGACCUCAGCCAGCCUCUGGAGGAGCAGGGUCCCUUGGACGUCAUCAUCCACAAACUGACUGACCUCAUCCUGGAGGCUGACCAGAAUGACUCACAGGCUGUGCUGCUGGUGCAAAGAGUACAGGACUACAUUGAUGCCCACCCUGAGACCAUCGUCCUGGACCCCCUUCCAGCCAUCCGAACUCUGCUGGACCGCUGCAAGUCCUACCAGCUCAUCCACAGGAUAGAGAGCUGUAUGCAAGAUGAAAGGAUUUGCUCUCCUCCAUUCAUGGUCCUGAACACAGAGUGCAGCCCAGAUGUGCUGGAGCAUAUCAAGAGGCAAGGACUCACAUUCCCCUUCAUUUGCAAAACACGGGUGGCUCAUGGAACCAACUCCCAUGAGAUGGCCAUAAUCUUCAGUGAAGAGGACCUGAAGGACGUGAAGCCCCCUUGUGUGAUCCAGAGCUUCAUCAACCAUAACGCAGUGCUCUACAAAGUGUUUGUGGUAGGAGACUCUUACACUGUGGUGGAGAGACCUUCACUGAAGAACUUCCCUGCUGGACCGGCAGACAGGAAAGCAAUUUUCUUCAACAGCCACAAUGUUUCAAAACCAGAGUCGUCCUCAGACUUGACCACGAGAGAGAACGUAGAGGGAGAAUCUCUGCCACCCAGUGACGAUGUCAUCAGAGAGUUGUCCAGGUCAUUGAGGCAGGCGCUGGGCGUGUCCCUGUUCGGCAUCGACGUCAUCAUCAACAACCAAACAGGCCAACAUGCUGUCAUUGACAUCAAUGCAUUCCCUGGUUAUGAGGGCGUCCCGGAGUUUUUCAAUGACCUCCUGAACCACAUCACCAGUGUGCUCCAGAGCCACAACCCAGACUUCCCCCCUGCCAGCGAGCAGCCCAAAGGCCUGCCGGUGAGCACCACGGUAUCUAACGCCGCCCAGCCAGCCCCCGGCUGCUGCAGCAUGCUGGGAAAAGAGGCCAGCGGCAGCCCCUGGAUCGUAGAGGGCGACGGAGGGCUGAAGGGCCCCCGUCAGAGACUGGGCUGCAACUCCGCCAUGUCCCCCAACUUCCAGCAGCACUGUGUCUCCACAAUAGCUACCAAGGCUUCCUCCCAGUGACUGAUUCCCUGCCCCCACUCUGUUUGAUCCCUGAACAUAAAACGGAUGACAAUGGUGACAAUAAUAAUUAAUAAUAAUCAUAAUAAUUAUGAUGUUAAUGAUGAUAAUAUAUCUAAUCAAAAAACAAACCUUUUCCUAUAUAGUUAUUGAAAAUGAUGGUGAUUGAGUGUAAGCUUUUUUCUCUCUGCCUUUUUUGUAUUUUUUGUUUUGUCUAAUGAGACUUAACAGUACUGUAAUGUGAACUUUUGGGAACUUUUGCCUCAUAGCUGAUUUUUAUUUUUCUCUCUUGUGUGAGUUCUCUGUAACAAAAGGGUCCAGAUGAGGGAGCUAAUGGGAAUGGCUGAAUCAGGACUGGAGAAAGAUGUGCCACUAGACGUGCAAUGUAUGAUCCCUUGUAUCUCACACACAUUGACACACUCACACAUACACAUAGGUACGUUUACAUUGCGACGGACCGUGCCAGUGAUGUGUGUUUGUCUUCUGAUCAAAAACACGGACUCCGCUGCAAAAAUUGACGGGGAGAAAAGGUGGCUGGGCAUUUGAACAUUACUCCACAGAUCCUGGGCUGCUAAGCGAGUGUGGCCAACUGACUCCAGAGGACAUAAAGAUAGUUUGGGGUUUUGUUAGUUUACACAAACGGGUAAGCCGUUUUACUUUUCUGAGUGCCAUCAAAUUUGCUUUGAGUGUAGGAAGGAUGCCUGCAGAAAAAAAAGGUUAAAAUGUUAGAAAGAAGGAAGUACAUCUCCAUGACUACGUGACCAAGUUUAUUUUUGUUUCUAGGUCUUUGGGUGCUUUACUGUAUGUCAGAUGCCGGAUAUUAGGUGUUCAACAAACAAAACGCGUCCUUGUUAGACUACCAGUCGCUCCGGUGCAGAGAGACGAGGAUCACAUUCCUUUUCCUGUUUGUGGAUGUUUUCAGAGAAUUCCAUAAUUUUUCAUAAUUCCAGUGGGAUCUUGUGACAUUUGUCAUCACUUUAUGGGUUUGUAAUCUCCUUAAACAGACACAGUUCUCCACAUGUCUUCAAUGCUUGUAUCUAAUGUGAGCAAACUACUCGCCUGAAGCCAACUUGACCCAUCACAAAACGUGGGGCUGCUGUGUUAAUACGAUAAUUGUUAAUCAAAGAAUCAAUUAUUCCACUAAAAUCAAGGUAAAAUGUGUCUUUGAAUAUCUACUUAUUGGGUAUUAAUUAUUUUUGAUAUCAUUAAAUGACCACAAUUAUAGAUGAUUGAGAAAUUUGUUUAGCUUUAUUAUGUCUAUCAUUUGAUUUAGUUUCACUCUAACAGCACUUUCUUACAAAAUGUAGUAAAGAAACCUUCGGUCCAGUCGGUUCAUUUGCUUCAUGCUUAAAUUCUCUGACCUGUCUCCUGUUCCAGCUGCUGUAUUUGUGUCAGAUGUUGAAAUCAUUUGGAGGGGAAGUGAGGGAGACAUGUUCAGAUCUUGUUCCCAAUGUUCACUGUGAGAUUUUUUUACUCCAAUUUUGUUAAUAUCUUUGUCCUGAUAUCUACUAAGAGCAACUUUAUUUUAUUGAGAUUUUAUGGGGAAAAGGUUUUAUAUAAAUGAAAUGAAAGCACUGGGAUGUUUUUGAACAAACGGUGGAUAUUUUACUAGAGGUAUAGUAAAAUGCUGGGUCGGGCUGUACAGGUGGUGUCAAAGGCACAGACGGGCUUGUGGUUGAUGCUGUUGUCUCCCUCUAGCAUCUAGUGGGAAGGAUUGCCAACCUGCAGAUGUGUGCAUUCCUCUGAGCUUGCUUCUUCUCUUGUCCCAGAGAGCUUCUUCUCGCCGUUUCAUUUCCUCCAUCAGUAUCCGAGGGAACUGACUGUCCUCUUGCGCGCCCUGUGAUCGUAAAUAAUAGUGUCGGCGCAGCCAUCUCACCAGCAUCUCUCUGGGACAAAAGAAUACCAAUGAUGUUCUAAAGGUUGGUCUUCACUAAACACAUCGUAUUGGGAGAAUAUUUCCACAAUGCGAUUAAUAUCCUGUGUUAAUUUCGCACAAUUUAAGUGUGUUGUGAAGCAACAAUACAUUCAGAAUGUAAAGGUAAUGCAGCAGAUUCAGGGGAACUUUUCACAUCCUUCCCCCCCCCUCAUCUAGAAAAAGGGGGGGCGCUUUGAGUGUGUCCGUUACAGCUGGAAAGGCUGAUAUCUGUGUACACCACUAUCUUGUGUCCUAUGUUGUGUUCCUUAUUGUGCUUCUAAAUGGGAAAUAAAUGGUUAAUCCUA